UUUGCCUGUCAAGAUUCUAGGAAACGCAACGUCAUUUAUGUUAUAGAUAGUUUAAAUAAUCAAGCCAAAUAAAAUGCCAGAAAACCAGAGGAAAUCGUCUCCUGGACACUCCACAUCAUUUUUAAUUGAGGAUAUAUUAUUCAGAUCAAAGAACAACAGACCAAAUUCUGAGUUUCAGGUAACCAGUCAUGAAAGAAAUCGAAAUCAUCAACUGCCGCAAAGUCAAGAAUGCUUUCCGAUGUUGCCAUCAACGGUGGCUUCUGCCUAUUUAUCAUAUCCAGCACAUUAUAAUAUGCAUAAAAAUGGUAUCGCAGAACCGUUUUUUAUUUCACCUCAAGGGGUACCUUUUGGAAGUAUUUGGGGUGCCCGAUCAGACUAUGGCCACGGACAACUAAGCUCUAGGCUAUGUCGCAGACGAAAAGCUCGGACUGUAUUUUCCGAUCAACAACUCACCGGACUAGAAAAAAGAUUUGAAGUACAACGAUAUUUAAGCACGCCAGAGAGAGUUGAACUGGCUACUGAACUGAGAUUGUCUGAAACACAGGUCAAAACAUGGUUUCAAAAUCGAAGGAUGAAACAUAAAAAACAAUUGAGAAAAGUUAACGAUGAUACAACGGUCAAUGGUUCGGAGAAACUUACAGAGAACACUGCGAACAAAUCGCUUACCACAGAUUAUCCUGUUGACUUUUCAUCUAAAGGAUCAGUUUGUGGUGUAUUAGAUACAGGUAUUCAGGAGUCCAAAGAUUUAGCUCUACAAAAUAGGUCUCUUAACAACGAUGAUGAGAAAAGUCAACGAUACGAACUAAGUGAAGUCUCUGAAAUGGACGACGAUGAUGAUGUCGAUGGUGCCGACGAUGAGAUAAUAGAUAUUGUUGGUGAUCACUCACACAUGCUAAAUAGCGUACAGCGAAAUUACGAACAACAAAGAUUUUUCUAAUUAUAAGCUAAAAACCUCUUAUCUAUUAUUAUUAUUAUUAUUAUUAUUAUUAAACUGUGCACAAAACAGUUAGAAGCCAA